GGCAGAUGCCAAGGUAAUUAAAUUUCUCUUCUUGGCCUGGCCGCUUGAUCGAUGCUUGAGCUGCAUUGCAUGCUCCCUGCUCUGCUGAAAUCCCUGCAUGGCUUGGCGGUGCUCUCAAGCGAGCACAUGAACUUCUUGCAUUGCACAUGGGUUUUCUUGAGCUUCACUUUUUUUAUGAUUCCAACUCCGCAAAAACUGCGUCGCAGUGGCAUGCCAAUCCCGGGCGGCACGACGGCACCGGCGCCGUCCCCCCUGCCGCGCACCACACUGGCCUCCCGCCGCUCUCGGCGCCGCCUCCCACCGCGGGGGCCGACCUGCCGCCGUCCCUCCCGCCGACCCAGCCCGCCCCGCACUUCGGCUUCCCGCUGCAGCCCACGCUCGGCUCCGCGCCGCCCCCCAGCGCCGCCGCCAGCGAGGGGUACCCGUUCAUCGGCAGCAACCCGACGGUGCCGCUGCCCACCGGAAUGACGGACACCGCCACCGUGCUCCCGCUGCCCGACAACGGGGACGCAACCGGCACCAAGGUGGUGGGGCUGGCAGCGACCGCUCGUGUUCACGUCUCCAUGAUUGGGCUUGGGGUUAUCUUCGCCAUCGCCUUCUUGAUCACGAGCUGCUAAUUGUUCUUAGAUCUAGUACCGUCAACUGUUGAAAUGACAUGAAUCAAUCUAGAGAUUUUUAGCCUCCACCUUCCUGUAAAUUUGAUCGCAUUAUGUUUUACUUUGUCGUUGCUAAUGGUCACAGUAUCCCUUCUGAAUUUUUCAUUCGAAUUGCAUCCCUGGUAAGGAAAAAAAAAGGGCAAAA